GGGUUUGUGGAGUCGCCCAAGGAAAAGGGCGAUGGUGGGUCGGACUCCGCAGUGGCCUAUGUGGCCGGGCGGAAAGGGAAGGAGAAACUUUACGGCAAGUAUGAGAGCCGGGGCAAAGGGCCCAAAUGCUAUGAUUGCGGGGAUUUCGGUUCCAUUGCCCGGAAGUGCAGCAAGCCGAACAAGCGGGAGCACAAGCGGGAGAAAAAGAAGGGGGAUAAACCUUUAAAAGGUGUGGCCUUUGGCGUUAUUGAGAACGUGAUGUAUGUUCCGUGGGUGACGGCGAAUUUGAUUUCGGUAAGCAAGGCCAUUGUGGUUGCGUCAGUGCUACUCAAGAAGAACGGCAACUACGAACUUGAGGUUGACGGGGAGGUAGUCCUUGUCGCUCGGAGAGUGAAGGGGGUCUAUAAGAGCGAGGUGGCCAAGGUCACUGAGCACGUGAUCAACCGCUUGGAGUUGCAAUUGGGGACUUUGCUCAAGUUGGUGCGGACGGACCGGGGGCAAGGAGUACCUCAACAAUGCCCUUGA